AUGGCAGCAAACAUAAGAAAUAUUAGUUAUAAUCGUUCGGAUAUUUAUUGUGAACAUAAAUUACCAUCGUCCUACGAUUUACCAUGGCUUGUAGCCUAUUCAUUUUUAGCUGGUAUUGGUUUAUUCUAUACUAUAGUUGGUUAUCGUUGUUGGCGACUAACAAUGUUCAUAACUGCAUUUAAUCUAUCAUCCUUACUAUUGUACAUAAUUUUAUCAAGUCAACAAAGUUUAAAUGAAGCACAAAUAAUUGGCAUAUCUUGUUCAAUAGCCGUUUUAUUUGGUCUAAUUGGUUCGCUAUUACAGUAUGUUGGAUUAUUCGAACAAGGUUUUUGUUUUGGUUUAAUAUUAUCGAUAAUAACAUUUAUUAUUUGGGAUUUUAAUCAACAUAUAACUAAUUUUUGGAUACCCAUUAUUCUCAUUGUUAGCAUAGGCUCCAUAUGUGCAACUAUAACACUACGUUUUCAAAAAUUAAUGAUUAUUGUUACAUCAUCAUGUUUAGGAUCAGUUUGUCAUUUUAUUGUACUAGAUUAUUUUCUACAAAAUGCAUCAUUAGUCAUUUACAUACAUAAACGAUUGAAAUUUGAAGAUACAAAAUCAAUUUGUUUAAAACACUGGCUAGUAGCCAUUAUUUUAGUUGUAACUAGUGUCAUCGGUAUUUUAAUACAAUACAAUUGUACUGGACGAAAUUACGAUCAUCGAGAUUCAUGGCAACAAAUAAUUAGUGCUGGCCAGAAACGAUAUAAAACAGCAAAUUUAAAAAAAAUUCGACAACAUUAUGAUCAAAACACGGAUACAUUACGUGAACAGAUAAUUCCCAACGAUUCACACGCACGUUUUCGUUAUUUUUAUCGUAUUCGACGUGCCAAUGGCGAUGUAUUGUCACAGGAUUUUAUUCAAAAUGUGAGACAACAGAGCGUUAAUUCACAAUACGAUAACGUUAUUAAUCCAAGAACAACAGCAAAUCCUGCUUCAACAACAUUAACAACACCGAAUAGUGUACAGAAAAAAGAUACCGAUUCAACUACGACAACAUUGACACAUUUAACUUAG